AUGCGGCAUUUAGGUCCAUCAAUGCUUAUAUCACUUCCGCGGCUGCGGCUUUGUAGAGUCUCCCAAAUAAGAUAUCGGAGGCCUUACAUUGCACAGAGCCUGCGUUGCCACCAAUUCUUUGGAUCUGCGAGAUUCGCGUCCUCGUACACUCAGGAUGUCUACAAAGUCCCUGUUGGGGGAAAUGGAUAUGUUUCCCUGAGUGUGGUUCAACCAAAGCCUGCGAAUGUGGCGUCUGCGAAUGUGAUUAUUCGACUUCCUCAAGGGCCACUAUUCCAGAGCUUGUCGAGAAUUGAAACUGGGAAUGAUCCAUCUGUCACUGCUCUGAAUAAUGAAUCUGAGGAUGUCCCCUCCCACCAUAUGGCGAACGACAUUGUUGCUGCGCGGGUGCUGGCGGACGUGACGUCUUCUACUGUGGUUACCAUCGAUUAUCGUCUAGGUGAAAUACCAUAUGACGAGGGCCAGGUUCCGCUACAAUUAAGAGUUGGCAGUAAUACACAACCAAAGAGUUUAUAUUAUCGCUACCCGACACCAGUUCAUGACACGCUAGCUGGAUUUGACUGGGUUAUGCAAAACCUCCAACCAAAGCGCAUUGGCCUCUUCGGCACGCACAUUGGAGGCUCUCUAGCCCUUAUGCUAGCGCUCACGGAGCCUCGUUUGGUUCAUACAAUGGCAGCCCUAGACCCCGUUUGCGAUUGGACUUCUCUAGAUGAGUAUUGCACCGCGUCUCGUGACAUCCCUAGAAGACGACAGGUGCCAAAAGACUUAGUUCCCCUGCUAGAAGCUCGGGAGAGGCUUUUCGCGACACAGGAACGAUACUUUGAUUCAUUCGCCUCACCGAUGCUAUUUCUCCGAUCUCCUGGGAAGUAUGUGCCAAAGGUGUUCCCAAAAUACCUCACCGAUCCCGAGCAUCCCAUCCCUGUACGGGUGUCGAACGAGCACGACGAAGAGCCUGGCGAUUUAUGGGAUGCCUAUAUCCCAGAUGAUCGUCUCUACGAUGAGCAAGGGGCUUUGAAUGUUCAACAUCCAAAUCCAGACGAUAACCAUCUAGUUCGCCGUCGCAAAGCUCUCUCGCGGUGGCCUCCGUACGGGCUGGAUUAUGGCUCCAGUGGACCGCCUGGUAGAUACAGCCGUGAACCUAUUGAACGCCUCGAAGUUUCACUGCCCUGGAUCCGUCUCUUCACCCAUCAACCUUCCAAACAGAGCACAAACGAGUCCACAGUAUCGGCACCGGAGAGCGAAUCCGCUGAUCACCCCGAACAUAAACAUUUGAAACGCAGACGAAAUCAAAAUCACACGGUACUCUCGAAUCAGGCUGCCGAUAUGGUAGACGUCAUGCGCCGGGCAUGUUUCUGGGGGAGGGAAAGUGGGUUCGGCAAAGAUCGAGUCACCCUUUCCUCUAUCUCUGUUCCUGAGGAAUCUGAAAAAUCCAAUAUCGGGUUACGGCCGGACUCUAAUGAAAUACUCUCCCACGCCGGUAAAUGGCUCGCGGAAACUCUAGGCUCAAAUUCAGAUAGCACUUCUUGA